UCUGUGAGGAUGGAGCUGCAAAUCUAAACAGGGCAAUUGGAGCCUGCAGAGUUCCUACUGAGCCCCUCACCAAAACUCACUGAUCUCUCCGGCCCCUGCAGAUCAGACCAUCCCGUCAGCACACUAUGAAACUCUGGUUUGUGCUUUGCCUGGCACUGCUCUGGGUGGAGCUCCAAAAUGGCGACUGCCAACAAGUCAAGCGGAGAAAAGAUGUAGGAGAGAACCGCAUCCGUCCAGAUAGGAAGCAGUUGAAGGUGCGACACCCCAGAUUAAAAGAUGGAGGAGGGAAAGGUCAGUCCCUGUUGACCCAGGUUUUAGAUAAGGGACGCUUCUUGCGCCUGGGCCAGAGCACAAACCUGACUCCUGGGAAGAACAUCGAGCUGCGCUGCAAAGGCAAUUCUAUCGGCUGGUCAUACCCGACUUACCUGGACACCUUCAACGACUCACGCCUCAGCAUCAAGCAGAGUGACAAGUACAGUCAGCUGAUCUUGACGUCGCCCUCUGCUGCUGACACGGGGCCCUACAGCUGCUGGGUAAUAGUGUGUGAUGGCACAGAGUGUGAGAAGGACCACGAACGCAGCUAUGUCUCAUACAUCUAUUUCACAGACAAAGACAACCUCUUCGUUCCCUCUACCAUCCACUUCGAGAUUGUGUACCUGCGCCUGGACAGGCCCGCUGUGGUGCCGUGCCGUGUGACCGACCCACAGGCCAAGGUGUCCCUGCACAGAGAAGUCCCUCCAGAGGAGAUCAUAGCCAACGGAACGCAGGUGACCUAUGACCCCACCAAGGGGUUUGUCCUGCAGAACCCCAGCCCAGAGCAUCAGGGGGUCUUCUACUGCAAGGCUGUGACCAAGGGCACCCCUCAGAUCUCCACUAAGUACCAGCUGCUCUAUGUGGAGGUUCCUAGCGGGGCACCAUUUGUGAGCCUUGAAUAUUCUCCAGAGUCGGUGAGAGGAGGCGACAACGUCAAUCUGACGUGCACAGUGCUGGGGGAGCCGGAGGUGGACGUGAGCUUCACCUGGUCUUAUCCUGGUCAGGGCCACCGCCCAGUUCACAUCCAGACUUCCUGGAGGCUGGUUAACAGAGGUAUGAGCCACACCACGCGGGUCACCCAGAGCGUCAUGACUGUGGAAGACAUGGAAACCAUCGACUUUGGGAACUACAUCUGUAAAGCCAAAAACCAGCACGGUGAGACAAUUGUGACGACCGACAUCAUCUCCAAAUAGCCCCGGCAGCAGAGCCUGUGUUACGUUUGAUGUCAGUGUGUUGCUGAGAUAUAACUGGAACACACCAACCAGUGAGACCUGAUGACAUCGUCAUGUAUAUACAUUAAUAUGGGUGUAUUUUUAGUUUGCAGAUUGUGAUAACAUAAUAAAGAUUUGCUACUUC